AUGAGAGGGUUGGGGGCCAACCGCCACCGGCACCUGUCCGACUCCUGCGAUCCGGCACUGGGGCACCCGGAAGCCAUGUACCCCCAAUCCCACCAGACCAGCACCCUGCCGCGCAGCCCCUACCUCCUCAGCCCCGCCACCAUGGACCACUACGGCACCAUGGACCCCCACCACUACACCGCGGGCAACCCCGUCUCCCUGCCCUCGGACCUCAUGCUGCCACUCAACAACCAGCUGUCCAACAGCAGCACCUUCCCCCGCAUCCACUACAACUCGUACGACCAGUCCGACUUCUCCCCGCCCGGGGGGGACAACAUCGGCGGGAUCAGCACGGGCACCCUGGGCACCUCCAUGUCCAUGGGCAUGGGGAUGGCCAGCAUGGCGGGCAUGGGCGGACGGACGGCCCUGAUCAACAGCGGCUCGGCCACCAUCUCGCACCACCACCACGCGUCCAAGAACCAGGCGCCGACCGCCAACAUGCUGGAGCAGUUUGAGAACCAGCUGCCGGGUGGCCGCGACGGCUUCAGCACGCUGCAGUACCACCGGGCGUCCGCCGCCGCCGUCGCCGCCGACGCCAAACAGCGCACCGACAGCCCCGGGCGCAUCCGCUACAUGCUGCACUCGGUGCAGAAGCUCUUCGCCAAGUCCCAGUCGCUGGAGGGCCAGCACAUGAAGGGCAACGUCAACGGACGCUCGGGCGGCAGCGGGGGCACCUCCUCGGGCACGGAGGACGGCAGCAAGCAGGGCCGGCGCUCCAAGAGCAAAGACCGGGGCACCAAGUCGGAGGGCCAGGCCAAGCGGCGGCCGCGCUCCAACAUGUCGGGCUACUGGAGCUCCGACGACCUGGACAGCAGCGACCUGAGCAACUACCGCAACCCCGUGGCCAUGAUGACGGUGGGCCGCGCCUCGGGCCACGACAGCCAGCCGGCCCAAAACCGGUACAUCCACAGCGGCUACAACACCAUCAGCUCCUCCAAGAGCACCCAGGAGAUGCGCUACCCGGCCCUCUCCGUGGCCGUGGGCGGAGGUGGUGGUGGAGGAGGAGGAGGAGGGGGUGGGGGCGGAGGCGGAGGGGGGGGAGGUGGAUCGCUGGGGAUACACGACAGUGACUUCAUGAAAGGGAACUCCUGGUCCACGAUGACCAUGGGCCAGCCCAGGCAGGUCCUCCCUCCCUCCUCCAAGAUCUCGGCCACCCUUGACCGAUCCAUGCUCAAGUCCAAGUCCUGCCAGCCAGAGCUUACGGGAAACUAUCUGCAGGUGGGUCGAAGGGGAGACUGGAGCAGCACCCUGGGCCGGGUGGGCGGGGCCCAGGAGAUCCCGUGUCGACGCAUGCGCAGCGGCAGCUACGUGAAGGCCAUGGGCGACAUGGAGGAAAGCGACGACUCAGACGGAAGCCCCAAACCGUCGCCCAAAGCCACCGCCCGCCGCCAGAGUUACCUCAGGGCCACCCAGCAGUCUCUGAGUGACCAACAUCCUCCGCGCAACUGUCUUCCGUCUCUCAGCGAGCUCUCCAACAACCGCAGCCUGGACAACCUGGACUGCAUCGGGGGCCCGGGCUCCUCCUUCCCCCGGUGGGAUGACGACGACUUCAGCCAGGCCUGCAGCACCCUGGGCCGGGGCAGCUGCCUGGGACAGGUCAGCCCCCUCCACGCACACCGCGACCGUGUGAACCUACGGGACCUGGAGAUGAGCCCGCGCUACGAGGACCGCAGCUCCGACUCCACGUACCGGGACUCGCGCCCGCCCUCUCAGGACCAGCCGGAGCCCCCCGACCUGCCCAUGCCCACGUGCUUCCGCUCGCGCAGCCACAGCUACCUGAGGGCCAUCCAGGCCGGCUGCUCCCAGGACGACGACACGGCGUCGCUGGACUCGGGGUCGCCGCCGCCCACCGCCACCACAGUCCACACCUACAGCACCAGCACUGUCUCCACGUGUAUCACCACCAGUAAGCGGACGGCCCCACCGCCGGUGCCCCCCCGCACCACCUCCAAGCCCUACAGCUCGGUGACGGUGCAGAGCAGCACCGAGUCGGCGCAGGAGGACACCUACCUGCAGGACCUGCAGGACCGGCGCUCGGAGGCCACCAGCCAGUCCAGCCACGCCCACAGCAACUCGUCCGACAGCCUGGACAGCAGCCACGCCAACAGCCUGGCCCGCGGCAUCCCGCGGCCCCUGCAGACCAUCACCGCCGUCCCCGUGGCCCUCGCCCGCGAGCCCUACGCCUCGGCCAUCCUCGGAGCCAUCGGCGUCGCCGCCGCCGCCGCCACCGCCAACGCGUGCACCGACACCAACGACGCGCGGUCGCACUCGCACGCACACUCGCACGCGCGCGCCCACUCGCACGCCUCCACCGCCGUGCAGCACGACCUCCCUCCCCUGCGGACGGGAGGCGGAGGCGGCGGCGGCGGCGGUAAGGGAGGACUGCUGGGGGAGGAGCCUCUGGUGGCGCCGAUGCCCAGGAGGAAGCUGUCCUCCAUAGGGAUACAGGUGGACUGUAUUCAGGAGGUCCAGCGAGAGGACUCUCCGCAGCUGGCCCGGUUUCAGUCCAUCGGUGUACAGGUGGAGGACGGCUGGCAGGUCGGCCACUCCGGCAGCAUGGCCUCCAAGCAGGACUCUGACACCACGCCGGACCUGCCCUCGGCCGCCGCCGCCACCUCGCACAUCCUGGCCUCCAGCAACGGCCGGGCCGCCGAGAGGAAGGUCAUGGUGAACAGCGCCAGCCAGUCCACCGACUCCCAACGCGGGGGGAGCACCUCGCUGGACAACGGCGAGGGCCUCGGAGACACCGCCACCACCGCCGCCGCCGCCACCGCCGCCGCCACCACCUCCUGCUCCACCUCGCCUCCGCCCCCGCCGCGGCAGAUCCUGAACCGCUCCACCACGCGCAGCAGCUCGGACUCGUUCUCCGAGAGCAUGGACCCCGCCCUGGACCCCUCGUCCCUGCCGCCGCCGGACCCCUGGCUGGAGAGUGUGAGCGUUGGGGUCGGAGGAGGAGGAGGAGGAGGAGGAGGAGGUGCUGGUGGCGGUUCCGGUGGUGGGGGGACACUGUGCAGGAGAGACGGCCACUGGUUCCUGAAGCUGCUGCAGGCGGAGUCGGGCCGCAUGGAGGGCUGGUGCCAGCAGAUGGAGCUGGAGACCAAAGAGAACCAGAUCUCAGAGGAAGUGCUGGGGAAGGUCCGUAGCGCGGUGGGGAGUGCCCAGCUCCUCAUGACCCAGAAGUUCCAACAGUUCCGGGGGCUGUGUGACCAGAACUUGAAUGUGAGCGCCAACCCGCGGCCCAGCCCCCAGGACCUGGCAGGCUUCUGGGACCUGCUCCAGCUCUCCAUCGAGGACAUCAGCCUCAAGUUCGACGAGCUUUACCACCUCAAGUCCAACGACUGGCAGCCGGCGCCCAGCUCCGCCUCCUCCACCGCCGCCGCCGCCUCCGCCGCCGCUGCUGCCACCACAUCCGCCCUCUCGUCCCCUGAGCGGAAGGACCAGGAGACGGGCAAGAAGCCCGCUAAGGGGCGACCGGUACUGGGCCGCGAGAAGAGCGUGGACUCGUCGUCCGCCUCGUCAGUGGAGAAGCAGCGGCAGGAGGCCCGCAAGCGCCUGCUGGCCGCCAAGAAGGCUGCAUCGUUCCGCCAGAACUCGGCCACCGAGAGCGCCGACAGCAUAGAGAUCUACGUCCCGGAGGCCCAGACCAGACUAUGAGGGAACCCCCCCAGGGAGAGGGAGAAGGGUGAGGAGGAGGCCGUCAUCCAUGGUGAUGCUCUUAUCUCAGAAGUUAAGAGGAUUGUCAAUGUAAGUUCUUCCCGACGCCUGGAGAAGAAACCAAACGGGAAAAAAAGAUGGAGAGAAAAAAAAUUAACAGAAAACAAAACGCUGCAGGGAUAUUGAGUUUGGGGGUCUGGGGGUCCAAGUGUGUUUAAAAUGUGGACACCCACACAGUUGAGCCCUGAUGACUAUGGGAACUCCCUAGAUCUAACACCUAAAUGACUGAUGACUCACGUUGUUACUUGAUGAUGAACACUUAUUGUUACUACUAUUGAAUAUCAACGAUGAUGAAUAGCGCUGGUAUUAUUAUCUCUCCUAAAGAAACUCUAUUAAGACUGUUUAUAAAUAUUUUAUCUUGGCCAUAAGAUCUACUACUAAUCAGACAGGGGUCAAAUAUGUGUGCUUUUCUGUUUCUCCUCUUCCUGUCUUUCCAAGGCCUUGGCUAUCCUGUAGCUUUGCACAACACCACCUUCUGGCCAUCACAUGAAUUACAUACACAACAGAUACACUAAGCUCAGUCUACUUUGUCUACCGUGUCUUUCUUUGUUAAUUUUCUCACAUUUGGCACGUUUCUAUGUGAAGAACCAUAAUUAUAACUCUGCUUUGCAAUAUGGAACUAAAUUAGUGUUCAGAAUCACGAAAUAGAUUAAUGCUAGGUUUUUUUAAAGGGUGUAUCCUUUCAAAAUAUUUCGAUCCAUGGUUUAAAAUACUAUGGAGGAUACUAGGGCAGAAGAUGUAGGUAUAUAUUGAACAAAAGCAUAUCCUGCUGAAAAUGUGAUGACCAAGCCCAGCGAUCCUAUCAGAAUCUCUGGCUGUAGCCAUGCUUGCGAGUCCUGAGAUUUCCUGGCACUAUGGAAAUAAGCUCCUUCACACCCUCUUGGAUUCCUUUUCAAGUCUUCCUUUUAAAGCAUUCUUUCUUCUCUGUGUGGAGAUGUAUGUUUUGGUGACUUGGAUAUUCAGUAGCAGCACCUUUCCAUCUUUUUGUGAAGCAUACAAUGAGUAAAUGCUUCAAAUCGCUUCACCUUAAGAUUCAUAUUUCAACUGAACCAUAUCACUCAAUCCAAUGCAAAAGUGUGUUGAGAUUGUUUUUCAUUAUAUUACUUUUUAUAAAUGCCAACCCCUAGUGGAAUAUAUAUUGAUAUAUCAUCAAUAUAACAGUAUUCUUAUCACUCUUCAGCAAGAUUAUCAAUUUGCAGUUAAAGUUACUUUUUUGUUAUUAUUUCUGCCAAACCGUUCAGUGAAAGCAUGGCCUGUCUUGGUCAUUGCGCUUUGCCAUCAUUCAUUCAUAUAAGCUUGUUUGUGAAUGGGAAAAUGCCGUAAAGCCAAAGACAAAUUGACAUCUUAAAAUCAAUAUCAUCAACACCAUUAUUAACUUCAGGCUUCAUUGUUAAGGGUGUGUGUGUGUGUGUGUGUGUGUGUGUGUGUGUGUGUGUGUGUGUGUGUGUGUGUGUGUGUGUGUGUGUGUGUGUGUGUGUGUGUGUGUGUGUGUGUGUGUGUGUGUGUGUGUGUGUGUGUGUGUGUGUGUAUUCUUCAUUCAUGAGUUGAGGCCAACAAGGGCGUAUCCCACUCUGUCCCAGGUUUGGGUGGCAGCGUUGUAGCGCGUUCUUUCCUCAAGCCCCAGCUCUCCAGUGACACUUCCCCCUCCCUCUAUUUAGAUGGCAUUAACAUAUUCUAAAUCUUGAUUGCAGUCUCCCAUCCCAAGGGGGGCUGCCGUUGUCAAUGCAGCCCCAGACUAAACCUUUGUUGUUGUUUUUUGUUUUGUAACAAACACGGAUUAUGUCUCACACUGGACAUACACUAUCCCACAUAAAACACAAAACAAGUUUAGAGGGUCUUGAGUAUGGGUGAAACGUCUUCCUCUCCAUCUCAAAUGGGCCCAUCCGCACAGUCUGUCAGACAUCAAACUACUACCACUAGCCCCCAGUGUCAUUGUUGGUGUUGAAUAAGUGCAAUGCGACCCGGUUGGCCCUACGGCUGCUCUAAUGCUCUGCCUCUCACCCACUGUGAUCCAGAAAUGUUGGGCUGGGCUUUGAAUGAGAAAGAGCCAACAACAAGCUGGCUGGCUGUUUCACUCUCUCCUGGUCAGAGCUUUCAGUUGAUGGCCGGUCUUUGUGUGCUGUUGCAUUUGACGGGGAUGACUCACUAAGGUAAAUGGCUCGGGGGUGUGAAAAUCCUAGCGUCGUUAGCACCUUCAAGAUCUUUUGUCCCGUUUGUCCUCUGUGGUCAGCUCCAAUGGAAUUCCAGAGAAAGCCAUGUCUGUCUGUGUCUGACAAGUUUAACUCCAAUCACUUUAGGUGAGGUGAAUUAUAGUUGUCUGUUUUCUUCACAAAGGCCACAUCAACUGCACAAUGGUGUGAUUUGGGUACAUUGAGUAUAUGAGGUUCAUUUAAUUUUAACCUGAGAAAUAACUUCUUGUAGUUUUGUUGGUUGAAAAAUGGAUAAUCAUGGUCCAUCCUUUGAAUGCAAGUUGAAUAUGUAUCAUGUGUUCAUUGUAAGAAUGCAAACGUUUGUGUUUUUUUUGGUUUCUAUCUUCUGCAAAUGCAUCUAUUAUAGUGCACACUGAUCUGAACUAUCACAACAUGGAUGACAAGCAUUGCUGCUCCUAGCCUAAGAAGACUUGAGUGUGAAUGUGAAUGGCAGCCAAGUGACGGAGGCAUAUCUAUUCCUUUAUACAAGGAUCGCAUUGCAAUACACACUUGUCAGCCACAGUAAUGUAUGGGACACACCUGGUCCACUUCCUGGAGAGGUUUAUCCAUGAUCCAAAGGGUUCCAUUGUGUGCUUGUGUUAUUUUCCCAGUGGCUCAUUUGAAGUUGAUAAUGGUCCCGUGAUAGCUCCUUCCGCCUUCGUCCUUUGCUUUCUUUUGUUGGGCAUUUGCUUGCGUUUAAAUUGAAGAUAAGUAAUACUCUAUGUAAAACCAACUGUGUAUCAUGCACAUGGCAGAAACUAAUGUGCACAAAAAAUGUUUUGGGGUCAUGUGUUCUUAUGUAGGGCUCAUUGAUAAGGAUGCAGAUGUACAAAUCCUAAUAAUGACCAAUGGGAUGUAAGCGUAACUUUGGACAACAGAAAUUCUAAUUCAAAUAAUACAGACGAAAAGGCCCCGUGGACACUUUCAUUACCCUUUACAGUUCAGUACUACCGGUCACCCUUUGGGUGUCCAAGCUUUUUUGUCAAGGGGCCCCAUUGUCAACUCCCUGUCCCUAUCCCCCAAGUCCUAAAUUGCUUGCCUUUUAUUUGUAUUUAAAUAUAUCACUUUUCACCAAAAGUGAGCAGAACCCGUUGUCUCUUUUCAGCAUCCAUGCAAGGUCUUGUAUUUAUAUUUCCCCACUUCUGGUGUGUGUGCGUGUGCGUGUGCGUGUGCGUGCGUGUGUGUGUGUGUGGUCACCGAGUCUCUGUUGAUUAUGAUAGGCAACAAGCAAAGCAACGUCAGAGACGGACGGGCACACCUAGCUGGAGAGAGUGAUCUAGGUUGGAGUACAACAUAAUAUGCUGCCUUGUAGAAAAGCCAACUAGGAAAAAAAAAAAGAAAUUGAAACUACCGCCAAUAAUUCUGCUGACUGCCACUGGGUGGGAUAUGAAAACUUGGAGGCAUACGAAUCUAUGCUCAAUCAGCAGGAGAUAAGAUGUAGCAUUACAAACCCUAGAGGAAAUAUUUUAUAAAACAAGCACAUAUUUUAAAGAAUAGGAUUUGUUUGGUAUCGAUAAAGCUAUAUGUAGAGACUGUGUUUGCCAAGGUUUUAGGGGGUUUGGUAUAAACGUGUUAUGAGGUGAACAUGUUGCUGAAUGAGUUGUUUAUAUAAAAAUUAUAGAUUUAUUAAAUUUGUUCUCGCUAUUCUCUGUUAACAUUAAACGUAUAUGUGCAAUACUAAAGAUAAGUACAUGGGUUCUUUGAUAAUAAAUACAUUCUAAUAAUGUUAUCCCAUGCCUGUUACAAAUCACUCUGUAUAUAAGAGACACAGUUUGAAAAGCUUCAUCUUUUGCAAUGCUAGAUGUAUUUAUACUAUUUUAAAGGGUGGUCCCAUGUAUAACGGUGAGAGGUCAAAUUAAAUAAAAUGCACACAAUACUUUCUCAAAAGUUUCACUUGUGGGUAUGUUGUUGACUCUUGGUGACUCGUUUGUUGAUACUUGUGUUGUGUCUCCUUUAUUUAGUAACUGGUGGAUGUACUCAACAUAUCUCCAGGUUCCGAGGUUAUUAAAUAACAAAGCGACCAGUGAACUACAUUUGUUUACAAACACAUUCCUGCGAAGACCUAAUUGUAACUGGAUAUUGCUUGACAAUCCCUACCCGC